ACCACCCCUUUUGUUGAGAGUUGUACUGCGCAUGCUCAGUGUAGUAGCCGGUUAUGGCGGCGGUGUGUGUUUGUCCAUGAGGUGGGGGACGCCUGCUAUUCUUGCGGUCUGUGACAGAGCGAUCCGAGCGAACCGCUGCCAUGGCUGGAGUGUUUGACAUUGAUUUGGAUCAGCCGGAGGAAAAUAUCUCCGACGAUGAGAAUGAGGAGGUUCAAAUCGGUGAUAUCAUGGACCAGUGCAGUGGGUUUGAGUUCAACAUGGACGACUGUGAGAAGAUUGAGAUAUCGGAGGACAACGUCAAUCAGGGGACAGAGAACAUCAGACCGGAGUGCUUUGAGCUGCUGCGGGUGCUGGGGAAAGGUGGUUAUGGAAAGGUUUUUCAAGUUAGAAAAGUUGUUGGAGCUGCAGCUGGCAAAAUAUUUGCCAUGAAAGUUUUAAAAAAGGCUAUGAUUGUACGCAAUGCCAAGGACACGGCCCAUACCAAGGCAGAGAGGAACAUCCUAGAGGAGGUGAAGCAUCCCUUCAUUGUUGAUCUCAUCUACGCCUUCCAGACAGGAGGGAAGCUGUAUCUCAUCCUGGAAUACCUGAGUGGAGGAGAACUGUUCAUGCAACUGGAGAGGGAGGGCAUCUUCAUGGAAGACACAGCCUGUUUCUACCUGGCAGAGAUCUCCAUGGCUCUGGGCCACCUGCACCAGAAGGGCAUCAUCUACAGAGAUCUAAAGCCUGAGAACAUAAUGCUUAACAACCAUGGCCAUGUAAAGUUGACAGACUUUGGACUGUGUAAAGAGUCCAUUCACGAUGGCACAGUCACCCACACUUUCUGCGGUACCAUCGAAUACAUGGCCCCAGAGAUCUUGAUGAGAAGUGGACACAACAGAGCAGUGGACUGGUGGAGUCUGGGUGCUCUGAUGUACGACAUGCUCACAGGAGCGCCACCAUUCACUGGUGAAAACCGAAAAAAGACCAUUGACAAGAUCCUGAAGUGUAAGCUCAGCCUCCCACCCUACCUCACACAAGAAGCAAGAGAUCUCCUGAAACGGUUACUGAAGAGAAAUGCCUCGUCGCGGUUGGGAGCGGGAGCAGGAGAUGCCACAGAGGUGCAGGCUCAUCCCUUCUUUAGACACAUCAACUGGGAGGAUUUGCUGGCUCGGAAAGUGGAGCCUCCCUUCAAACCUUUCCUGCAGUCUGCUGAAGACGUGAGUCAGUUUGACUCGAAGUUCACCAGUCAGACACCAGUCGACAGCCCUGAUGACUCAACCCUCAGUGAGAGUGCCAAUCAGGCCUUUCUGGGUUUCACAUACGUCGCUCCGUCAGUCCUGGAAAACAUCAAAGAAAAGUUCUCAUUUGAGCCAAAAAUCCGCUCACCUCGACGGAUCAUAGGCAGCCCAAGAACACCUCUCAGCCCAGUCAAGUUCUCAGGGUCGGACUGCUGGGCCCGGAGCCCCCUUCUCCCCGGUGGAGGGCCAAGUGUCCUCCAGUCUCCUCAGGACCAGGCCAUGGAGCUGUCCACCCCAGAGCAGAUGGACGUCACAACAAGCUCUGAAGCCUCGGCCCCUCUUCCCAUCCGUCAGCCUGCCGGGGUCAACCUGGCUCAGAUGAAGCAGCAAACCUAUCCUGUGGCCAAGCGGCCAGAGCAUUUACGUAUGAACCUAUGACCCAACGGGCCUCUUUAGGAAAGUUCUAGAUUUUUUUUUUUUUUUGUGAUAUUUUUUAAGAAACAAAGCAAAACGAUAUGGAUGCUAGAGACAAUUAAAAUCCAAAAUUGCACAUUCGCACACUCCAUAUACUUUCACGACCUGGAGUUUGUGUGUGGGUCUGGGUGUCCAGCUUCCUGCAGGUAAGUGCUACCGAUGAUAUCACCGCCUCACCACUUCUCCCCCGACACCUUUAGGUCUCAUGACCUGUGUCUUCUGACCCUUUUCUGAACUGGACUAGAAGGUCUGGAAACCCUUUGAGGACCCUUCAGCUUUUUGUGCAACUUGGAAAUCAAAGGUUAUAAUGAAUCACACAGUAUGCAAGCUAUUUACUCUAAAAUACGGUCUGCUGUACAGGAUGACGUCCAAAGUGCUUUGUGCUAUAUGAAUGAAUGCCAGUGAGAAAAUUACUUCCAUUGGGAGAUUUUGACAGUUCUUCUUAGAUACAAAAUCCUUCCUGGCUAUGAAUGAAAUGAUAUUAAUUAGGUUUAUUAUUGAAAAAGAUCAAAGAAAUUAUCAUUGUGAGCAGUGGACUUGCAGAGGUUCUGGUAUUGAUGAAUAUAGCUUUGUCUUACAAUGUUGGAUGCAAAAAUGGAUGCGUUACCUGCUAUACAUCAAUGAUGAAUCAGAGGGCCUAAAUUAAACAA